AUUUGCCAACGCUGGUGGUAAAAUGCAUGGAAAACCAAACUGAAAACAAAACGGCAAAAAAUGCAUGGGCUCAAGCAACGUUUUGAGCUGCAACAGUUGGGGGACGACCUGAAGCAGAAGCAGGUAAUCCAAGACAGACUGCUGCAGAAGAUACUCUACUCCAAGCGCCUGCUCGUGGACCAUGUGGAGGCACUGGAGCAGUGUAUUCAGGAGUUGCAGGCGGCGGCUAAUCUUGGCCGGCAAUUGCUGACCACUCGGAAUGCCUGCCUGAUACUGGGUGGCACUGUGGUCGAGCAUCUGAUAACCCCACGCAGUGUUCGAUACACCAUGAUCCCCUCGAUCCUGAUCAGUGGCACCUUUGCCGCUCUGUGUGCCGUUAAGAGCGUCUUUGUUUGCCGCAACAAAAUCGUGGAGCGCAAGCUGGAGCAGCUGGUGAAGACCAUCGAUGAGUUCGGCAACUGCAUUCGCCGGAAUAUGACUUACUUUCAGGAGAUUAUCAUCAUGAAGCAGGCGGAACUGAUAGAAUCCCGACAGAUUGAGCGUGCCUGGGAUUGCAUAACAGCCGCCAAGGAGGUAACAGAGAUCCUGUACGAUGCGACACGCAAAAUGGAGACGGACUAUCCACUGCCGGCGAAGUAUGGAGCUUAUUAUGUCGCCAUGGAGGAGCUGCGGGAGUGCGAGUACUUCAAGAACAAUGUCACGGACUACAGUCCCAAGCACAUAAAGGACUUUCACAACAUCUUCGCCUAUGUGCAGUCGCAGUAUCUACUGCGCCUGGCCCUUACCAUCACCACGCGUCCUUCGAUCUCGCAGCUGAGCGAGGAUCUCGUAAAGAUCGACUGCCAAGUGCGGCAGCUGGUGCAGGAGGAGGAGCAGCACUUUAGCAAUCUGGCCAUGGCCAUGCAGAACAGAAAGCAAUUGGAAUUGGCAGAGCUCAAUGCGACUAAGGCGGAGCAGCAGCGGAGUGGACCCAUCGCCGUGCUGCAGCAUUCCUCGUUGAAGCUCAGCGCCUGCAUGGUAGCCGUGGCCGGGGAGUGCCAAGCUCUGGAUGUAACCCUGCAGCAGCUGACGGCCACGGAAGCGGCGAACAGGAACAACUCCAAGGAGCUGGUGGCUGUGGCCAGCAAUAUGCGUGGCAUUGAGAACGCUCUGGCGGUGUGCUGUGACGACUUCCAGCGGCUGAUGCUGGUGUACAACAAGUUUCUGCACAGUAAGCUGGACUUGGAGGGAGAAUUGACGCCAAGGCCCAAAGAGGACUUGGGAGAAGAAUUCCCGGAAAGCAUACUCAGGGUGGAGUACUCGCAAAAUGUCGAUGCACCACAGCAAAAGGAUGACUUCUAUGCCUAUAUGUACGAUGAGAACGAGGGGCUGGAACAGUUUGAGGCGGAGCAGCAUGCGCCCUUCCCCACGCCCGAAAAGGAGCUUCUUAAUUUCGAGAAGCGCAUCACGAAGGGCAAAUUUAAACCUGUCCUGAAACAACUCAAGGAUCGCAUUGAUCCCAUUCGUCAGGUGAUGCUCGAAAAAGAGCGCGAGGUCCUCGCCUCCAAAGGCAUCAAUGUCGAUGAGCUCUUUGGAAAGAUCGAACAAGUUGAGCAGCAGCAGCAGCAGGACGACAAUCGGCUGGCAGACACAACAUCCUCGCCCACCUACGACUCAGCCUCCAACUCAGACUCGGACUCGGCCGACGAAGUGGCCUUCAAGCGACGCAGCAAGCAGCACAAGGAGCGUGAUAACUUUGCCGAGAUGCGGCAGUUUCUGGCCCAGAAGCAGGCCAUUAAUCUCUUCAAGCUUCCGCCACCACCGGCUGCAGCUGCUGAUGAGGAGCUGCUUGAAAGCGAAUGCUAGUCCAUUCGGCUGUUCUUUCCGUUGGUCACAUGCCUAUGUACUAUCUCCCUUGCUCUGGGUAUUAUCUGUUUAAGCAUAUAUCGUUUAUCUGGCCACCUGGGGACAGAUAAGCUCCGCGCGCAAAGCGACGCUAACUCUUCGACGUACCGAACCCCAAAACCACAUCCUGCCUUUUCGGUUGUUCCUGUGUUUGUGUUUCCUAGAUUUCCUUCUUUUAAUUCGUUACAAGCUUAUAAACAAUAAAGAUUUUAUGUAGAUAAAUA